AAAGUCAUGUUUUUGACACAUUCUCGGUGAACUUGAAGAAGGUGGACCACAGAGUGCCUCUAACAGACGAAGAAUGGUGAGAAUAGUUGUAUCCCACCUCAUGGAGAAAUAUGGAAACAAACCAUCUGCUGAACAGAAGGUGGGCAUGGCAAUAUCCAUGAUUCAACAAUUUCCAGCACUGAAAGAUGUUGAAGGACCUGGUUAUGAAGCAUGGUAUACACCAGCAGUAGAGGGUGAACAUUCAAAGGGCUUCAUCGAAGAAAGGUUAAAAAUGUGAGAAAGAGAAUGCCAAAGCAAGGGUGGACAUCUUUGGAACCUUCAAGUUCAAGUGAGGAGAACCAGAAAGAACCAUCAACCAAGGAAAAAAUUGAAGAACUAAAAUCUAAAGAAAAAGAUAUGGAGCCGGAGAACUUGGAAGAAAUGAAGCAAUGGCUUCAACAUAAUAAUAGCCCUAUCCCUAAAGUGGUGGAAUUCAUGAAGAAGACUGCACUGAAAAGACAAGAAGAAAUUCACUCAGAGAAGAAAUCUACCGUGCAUGACAUCGAGUUGCAAUGGCCUCGACUCUUUGAUGUCCCUAACAUGAUAGAUGGUGAUUUCAAUAUGAAAUUUGUUUUCCUUUCAGAUAUAGAUGAUCAAAGUGCACAGGAUGCAGGUCUGACAGCACUGCCCUUGAUACUGCCUACAGGAAAACUGUCAAACGCAAAGAAAUCCAGGGCUACGGUGAAAGAAGCAAUGGAGUCCUUCAUUGAUUUUCAGCCGAUAGGGACAAACCUCCCUCAAUACUUGGAUGGACUCAUGUCAAAGAGGCGGCAACCAUUUGUCCUGGCCCUUGGCCCACAGAAAGUGCCAGCACAAUAUUUUGCUGUGGUUGAGGGCCGUGCCCUUAAGCAAGACAGCCUUCUGAAGGCUGUUGAUGUGUGUUUCAAGUUGUUUUAUGUACUUGACCUGGAGUAUCCAUCUGCGUGCUAUACUACAUGGGAGUUUAUUCAAAAAGUUCUGUACCAGGUAAAUGCCAAAGACAGGAACACCUCCUCCUGUGUGAGGUCAUUAAGGACAUAUGUCCUUCAUACUUAAUUUUCAACCAUUUAAUGGUCAAUGUCAGUUCAGCAGAACUCAAAAUUCUGAUAUGUCUCCUAAUUUGGAUAUGUCUGUAUGCCAUGUAUGAAAUUCAAUACUAAAAUGGAUUUUACAAGUUCAGGUAUCGAGGUACGUCAAUUCCUCAAGGCAGCAGCUCCACGUGCGUACUUAAGUAGCAUCUUCAAUU